GUGCCGCCGAGGCAGGCAGGAAGGCAGGCAGGAAGGCAGGCGCUGGGAGCGUGCCGCCGGCCGGAGCCGCCUGUCAUGUUGGUGGAGCUGCUCUUCCAGGCUGCCUGUGUGUCCCUGUUCCUCCCGGGCGGCCAGGGCAGGGUGUACCCCGGGAGGAAGAAGCUGGCCAGCUUUGCCGUGGAGAGGCGCCGCGUGGGGCCCCACGUUUGCUUCUCGGGCUUCGGCAGUGGAUGUUGUCCCGGGUGGAUGCUGUCUCCGGGCAGCGGGCAGUGCACCCUGCCGCUCUGCUCCUUCGGCUGCGGCAGCGGCUUGUGCAUCGCUCCCAAUCUCUGCUCGUGCCCGGAUGGAGAGCAGGGCAUCACCUGCCCAGAGCUGCCGGGGACGUGCGGGGAGUACGGCUGCGACCUCUCCUGUAACCACGGCGGGUGCCAGGAGGUGGCCCGCGUCUGUCCCCUCGGCUUCUCCAUGGUGGAGACAGCCAACGGCGUCCGCUGCACCGACAUCGACGAGUGCCUGAGCGCCGCCUGCGAGGGUCUCUGCGUCAACACCGAGGGCGGCUUCGUCUGCGAGUGCGGCCCCGGCAUGCAGCUCUCCGCCGACCGCCACAGCUGCCAGGAUACGGACGAGUGCCUGGCCACGCCAUGUCAGCACCGCUGCAAGAACAGCAUCGGCAGCUACCGCUGCUCCUGCCGGCCCGGCUACCACCUCCACGGGAACCGGCACUCCUGCGUGGGCACUGACGAGUCCCCGCGUCCCCCAGAUGUCAACGAGUGCCGGCGGCCGGGAGAGCGCCGAGCGUGCCAGCACGCCUGCCACAACACGCCGGGCAGCUACCUCUGCUCCUGCCGCCCCGGGUACCGGCUCAGCGGCGACAGGGUCUCCUGCGAAGGCUACCCCAAAUCCAUCCUGGCCCCAUCACCCAUCCUGCAGUCCCUGCAGCAUCCGCCCACCCUCGUCCUGCUCCCUCCCGGCUCUGGGGGACCCCUCCUGGUCCCCAGGGGCUCCCCCUCGCCCCAUCUCCCUGCCGCAGCUCCCGGUACCCAACUCCCUUCCUCCUCUCCCGCCCCGGCAUCCCCGGCCACCGAGCCAUCCCCGCGGGCAGCGGGAGCCCCCGGUACCUCCGCCCCAUCGGCCCCUCGCUGCUGGUACCAGGGGGCUCCCCGGGAGCCCGGCGCUCGCUGGACGGAGCCGGGGUGCCGGAGCUGCGCCUGCCAGGGGGGACGAGUGCUCUGCGAGGCCGUGAGCUGCCCCGUUACCUGCUCCCACCCGCUGCCCGCCCCAGCCGGGGGCUGCUGCCCCAGCUGCUCAGGCUGCCUGCACGAGGGGGUGGCCCGGGCCGAGGGCGACGUCUUCUCCCCAUCCGAUGGGAACUGCACCGUCUGCGUCUGCCUGGCUGGUAACAUCUCCUGCAUCUCCCCCGAGUGCCCCCCGGGUUCCUGCCCCAGCGCCUCGCCGGCCGACUGCUGCUCCUGCCAGCCAGCAAAGUGCAGUUUUCGGGGCCGCACGUACGCACACGGCACCCGGUUCAACCUGGACGGGGACGACUGCACCAUCUGCGUCUGCCGGGGCGGAGAGGUGGAGUGCUCCUUCGCCCCCUGCCCCGUGCUGGACUGCCCCCAGCACCAGCGGCACCUGGGCCCGGGGCAGUGCUGCUUCACCUGCCGGGACCCCCCGGCCCCCGCCGGUUGUUUCGUGGAUGACAACGGGGUGGAGUUUCCCGUCGGACAGAUCUGGUCUCCGGGCGAUCCCUGUGAGUUAUGCAUCUGCCAGGCAGACGGCUCGGUGAGCUGCAAGCGGACGGACUGCGUGGAGACCUGUCCCUACCCCAUCCGCAUCCCCGGGCAGUGCUGCCCCGACUGCUCGGCAGGCUGCACCUACAUGGGAAGGAUCUUCUACAACAACGAGACCUUCCCCUCCACCCUGGACCCCUGUCUCAGCUGCAUCUGCCUGCUGGGCUCGGUGGCCUGUUCGCCCGUGGACUGUGCCAUCUUCUGCACCUACCCCUUCCACCCCGAGGGCGAGUGCUGCCCCGUCUGUAACGACUGCAACUACCAGGGUAGGAAGGUGGCGAACGGCCAGACCUUCACCCCCGAGGGACAACCCUGCACCCGCUGCACCUGCCAGCUCGGGGAGGUGAGCUGUGAGAAGAGGCUGUGUCCCCACUCCUGCGCAGAGCCCCCCGCGCUGCCCGCUGCCUGCUGCCCGCCCUGCCAAGCCACAGAUGUCCGGCUCCUGCUGCAGAGCAGCGACCUGUCCCUGUCCCCAUCCCACGAGGACCCCCCUGCUGGCACCCCGUACCCCAGCCCCCCAGCAUCGACCCGGCCCCCCCGCCACCGCCUGGCCCAGCUCCUGCUCCCCAACACAGCCCCCAGACCGGGGAGUGCCGGGGCUGGGGAGCCCCCUCCGACCACGCUGAGCCCCUCCGGGCACCCAUCGGCAGCCACUCUGCCCCCCGCCACCCCCUCUGAGGCCGCAGCCCCCCCAGCUCCCACUGGCAGCCCCAGCCCCGAGGCUCAGGGACCCCCCGGGGACGCGGACCCCUCUGCCGUGCCACCGGCCAGCGGGGAGAGCCCCGGCGGGCACGUGGCUCCUUAGGGUCCGGGUGUCACACGAGUGCC